UAUUUUUUGCAUGCAUACACGCAUUUGCAACAACUCCAAGCCCGGAAGUGAACGUUCUUCUGAUAGGCCCUAUUAGUUUUCGAUAGAUUAACAGUCUAGUUUUUAGGGGUUUUUUUAUCAGGGAAAUCAGUGUUUUGCCUUGGUGUGUAUGGUGACAAGUGACACGACUCGUCAAUCUUGCUUGCUGUCAUCUUCAAGUAAAGUUCAGCUUUAUUCAACAAACUUGCCAACUCAAACAGACCCUUUCUUAAUUGAGUUUGAGUUGACUAUUUGACAGCAGUCAUCAUGGCACAACAAGCAAAGAAACCAGAGAAGGAUCCCAUCAAUAUUGUUCAUCAAAAUGCUAUCCUGUGUGAGACCAUUAAGAAGGAGAAUGAAUGCCAAAGAUUGUACACAAACUACAGUAUCAACCCUUUCAAAAAAAUGUACACACUGACAGGAAAACCCAACUCAUUACAUGACUCGGCAGAUGGAGAAGAAGAUGAUAAUUUCCUCAGGAUAAUCAAGAGAUCUUACCAGGAACCUGGAAAGAAGUUUGAAUUCCCACAAACAGAAGCACAGGAAGUAGGCUGGUACUACAAACCAUUGUUGCCUCAGGACCGUGGAGAUAAGAGGAUACAUUAUCCUAGGCAGAACUCUGAGAUCACCAAGUACAUGGAUGAAGCAUGGAAACAAAAAGAACAGCAAGAGAACCUACAGUGAUGUCGGGAUCAGUGGCAAUAUUCAACUAAAAAAAAAACUCAUUCAUGGUUUCAUGUGUACAGUAUCUUGCUUCCCACUCUACAUACAUUUGUUCUGUGCUAUAUUUAAUUUGACAGUGUUUUUAAUUUCCUUUUAAUUUGAAUAAACAAUCAUCAGUAACGUCCUUUGGUUUGGGAUGGUGGAAUGUAUUCCUGUAACACAAAGGUUAGCGAUUAAUCGUACGCUUGAUUUUCAAGAUUGAUUGUACAUUGUAGUCAAUGCAAUCAGUCAUAGAAAAAUGUUAUAUGAUCAUUGCUAAGCUUUGUGUUACGGGCUCCAGGUAUGCAUCCUUAAGUCUACUUUGACAGGAACAUCGACUAAGUGUCUAAUUUCGUGAUGUCCCUGUUAGGAUCAUGUCAGUAUGCAGUGGGGGUACUCUUGCCCUUCAGAAAAUUUCAAGACUAACUUUCAGAGUUCCACCAUAUGUGUCCAAAAGAUCCUUGAAAAAUACACUCAGAAUUAGAUCGAUUGCUUAAUCCUUGAUAAUGUGUACAAUCUUAAAUAUUUCAUAUGUUCUAAUAGCCCCUAUGGAUGACGACACUGUGUACACGGUCUCAUUCUCAGGGUGGUCAAAAUUUCAGAUGCUAGAAUAUGCUGUGGAGUUCCGGGUUGUACUGGGCUUCUGGCUACAUGCUGGCAUGAACAUUCCUGAAUAUAGUGUUCAUCUUUAUUUUAUUAUAUUCUCGUUGAUUGCAAAAGUUUUGGUGAACCCCCAAAAUACUGGUACGACACAUUAUCUGCUAGGGGUUUGGCUACACAUGGUUUACCUACAGAUUUAAACUGGUCAAGCCAGAGUACGAGCCAUUGGAAAGGGAAUAGGAAAUAUAUGUUUGCUGCUCAAAUGACUCGUGUAACUAUGCAACUUGGAAUAACUUGUUUAGAUGUCAUAAGUAACAAACACGGAAGUUAGUAUUAAAAUGAUAAUGUCUUCAUUUACUGAGGAACAGUAUUCACUAAAAUUAUGCAGAUAGGGGUACUUCUUGUUGCAAGGAGCUAUAAAUGUAUGUUGGUUUUUGGUGUCUUUAAAAUGAAUUGCAUCAUUUUUUAAAAUAAAUAAUAAUGUGAACAUUUGUAAUGUGCCGGUAUCAUGUAAAUGUAUACGACAGGAAAUGGUGAUUGUGUUUUCACAUGCCUUCCAAUGGCAAUGCUAAAUUGUUGAAACAUAGAUCUCGGCAUAGAUAACAAACAUCAUGACAAAAC